AUGUUGAAGCCAAAAUCAAAAUAUUGCGGAUUAGAGGAUUCGAACGUGAAGACCAACAAAACCUUAAAAUGGUGCCUUUAUGUCAGCGAAAUAACCGACCUCCUCUUCACUCCCUUAAAAGGUCGUUCGUUUUCUGCCAUCUCGAUGGAUGAGGAACCGAAGCAUGAUCAGACAUUCGAAGGACGGAAAUCCGUUCGAUUUUCGGGUGCAACACAAGAGUUUUUCUUUGAACCCGAUGUCUCUAUGAAAACGGAACAGUCAAAUACGAGUAUUAGUGACGAGAACCUCUUCCGAGUUCCGCAGGUUUUAAGAGGUAGGAACUAUCUCACUGAAGCAAAUGUUCAUCAAAAUAGCCAGACGCCUUCUGGUGCACCAGAAGAAAAUGUUAAGAUGGCCAUUUCUCCUGGAACGAAAGCUACCGAGAGCAAAAAGAAUGCUAAGCUGCAGAGGCUUCUAGAGAUGCAGUUAAGUCGUCAGCGAGCUAGAGCUCGGAGAGAUGUUCAUCUUCCAACUACUCCAAAGAUCGAUCUCUCUAGGACGGAGCGCACAUUCAUUGAAGGCAGUUCCGAUUCGGAUACAUCGAAAUUCCCUGCCACUCAGCUUCCAUAUACCAUUCCGGAGCCACGGUUUUCUGACAUUUCAUGCAUUCAUCCGAGUAAUACAACCUUUUCGGUCGAUCAAGCAAAAGGUCCCAGCAGUCUUGUUUGCUCUACUCCUCUUCGCAAUCCAUCACCAGCUAUGGGAGUUCCUGCCGCUAUGCUAAAGACUUCAGAAAGUGAUGUUUCACUAACACUUCCUGCUGCCCACAUAAUCAACAGCACUAUCAAAGAGAUGGUGCUUGCGAGCGACGAGGACUACUUGAUGACGAAAGAAGAGCGUAUACAACACCAAAUGAAGGCAAUGGCCGUGUGGUGCUCGAUGAUCCUCCGAUCUCAAUAUGAAGAUGACGAACUUGAUAUUGGAACCACGAAACAAGAAGCAAACAAGGUAUUACAAGAUCUUCUCGCUAAGUCAGGAACACGUAAAUCAAGUUCAGCUGCUGAAAACAAACCAUUUCGAUAUGCUGAUUAUUUGGUGAAACAGAAGAGGGACAGCAUUCGUGAAAGUGCUCUUCGACUAUUUGAUUCAUCCAAAGUACCUGCUCUCAUCCGGAAUGCUGUUCAUAAUCACAUUUUCUCCAUACGAGCAGACUGUAACGUGUACUCUGAUUUGCGUCUGCAAACAACGCUUCUUCGUUUAUUUUUCUCUUUUCACCCAGCGUGGCUUCACCUUGGGUUAGAAACUGUUUUCAAGACGGAAAUCAAGAUUGGAGAGGGUGAAGUUUUUGCUCAAGUCAUCAGCCGUUUCAUUGCUCAACGAUUGUUUUCUGAUCCGAAGAUUCUGAAGAAUAAGAAGUACGUCAUAGGUGCUGCGAAAUUGAUCGUCACUGAUGCCGGUCGUGAAGCUUUGCACUCCCAUUUCCUACUCUACGCCUGCUUAUUCUUCUACUUCGUAGAGACGGCGAAAGCUGCCUCGGUCAUUAAGCAUAAUCCCAGAAUGUUUACAAGAAAUUCAGCCUUUAAGAGCAUGGGCGACGUCUUCGCGGAAUUAAGCAGAGAAUUGCUGUCGGGUAGUGGGACUCCAUUAAACAAAGCUUUUGCAAAAAUGGGAUUCAAGCCUUCUUUCAAACAGGGAUUUGCUGAUGACUACAACUAUACAGUGACAGAUUUUUCAAAUCUUACCGACGGGAUAAUUCUAGGUAAAAUAAUUGAACUGGUGACUAGCUGUCCACCCGGGAGUUUGAUAUCCCGUUUGCGCAAUCCGGGCGGUGAUCGCCUGAGGAAAAUCGGCAAUGUUAAAGUUUGCAUACAAGUGGCUGCUGAAAGAGGAGUAGACGUUGGAGCAAUAAAAGCAGACUCUAUUGUGGCCACCAACAAGGAAGCAAUCUUAGAGGUGUUAUGGAAACUUGUUGGAGUUUACGUGGGUGCGGAAGAAGAGCGUAAUCUAAGACGUGCUUCACUAGCACUUGCCAACCAACUGGGAACAAACUUUGGUAUUGGAGUAGUCCCAGAAGAAGCAAAUGGAGAGGAGAUUGUUCUUCAUGUCUGCAAGCAAAUUGGACAUCAGCUGGGAAUCGAAAUUGAUUCACUCAAUGAUCUCCGAGAUGGUCGACUAUUCGCAGGCGCUUGGCGUUUGUAUAACGUUAGCGCACCAGAUAUACGACUCUAUCCUGGCGAAACUUUGUUGUUGAAGGUCGCUAGUGCUGCCGAAACUGAUCUUGGCGUUCCAUGGGGUCUCCAUCAUUCCCUUGGACUGUUUGGACAUCUAUACCUUUCCCAUCUUUUCUCAAUUCGUGAACUUCACGAUGCGGCCACCCGCAUUCAGAGAGCCUAUAGGUCGUAUAGGCUGCUCAAGGCAAUCAAGGAAUAUCUCGCAUCGGCCGAAGGAACUGCUGAGAAAACUCGACGUGCAACUGCUGGGGCAUCACAGAGUAUGGAAAGCAUGCACUCCGAAGUUGCCCCGCAAAUGUUUGCUGGGGACGUGUCAGCGAGCAAAGGAGAUCAGUUGAGAAGAGCCCUCAGAGAACUGCGCGCAGAAAUUGAGGCGGGUAAGUUAAGGUCAAUCGAGGAUAGAGAUGCGCAAGCGAAUGAAGCUAUUUUUAUUCAUCUGACCGUGAAACUACAGGCUCUAAUCCGUGGAUUUCUUGCUAGAAGACGUUUUCGAGCAAUGGUUGAUGAAAGAAAAUUGGAAAUUGAAGUUGAAAGAAACGCCCAAAGUAGAGCUCCGAAAGUAGAGGCACAAAUGUCAGGAGUAGUUGAAAGGGUUUCCUACAAAAAACUUCUUGAACAUAUAAAAACUGAAAGGAUUCGAAAUGAGGCAGCAUGUAAAAUUCAGAAAGCUUACCGCUUGUAUCAACUUCGGAAAAAGAAACGCACUGAACGUCAUGAGAUGUUGACAAGGAUCAAGAGAGCUGCCACCACAAUUCAGUCGAUGUUCCGCAUGCUACAAAGUAAAAGGAAACUGGAGAAACUGAAACAAAAGAAGGCUCUAGAAGAGAAAAUUAAAACUGAACGAAGGAUAGCAGCAGCAAUUAUUAUUCAGUCUUUUGUUCGGAUGUUCAUCGCAAAGAACUUUUUGAAAAAACUGAAGAUGGAAAAUGACCAGUUGAAAAAGGCUCGAGAAAAUGCUGCUGUUUUGAUACAGUCACUAUGGCGCGGAUGGAUGGCAAGACAGCAGCUUCAGAAGAUGAGAGAAGAGCGACGUUUAGAGCAGCAGCUGAAACAGAGAGAACUUGCCGUCUGUCGAAUCCAGAAAGCUUUCCGAUCGUAUCUUCUGAGACAAAAAAUGCGGGCUGAACGUCAGGAGAAGUGGUCGCGAAUUGAGAAUGCUGUAAUAGGCAUCCAGAAGCAUAUUCGUGGAAUGCUAGCUCGUAAACGAUUUGCGGAAAUGCUUACCGAACGUAAGAAAUAUGUCAUGAAUGUGGUGAUGGUCCAGAGUUGUGUUCGAGCGUUUCUUGCACGGUGUCGUGCGCGACGAAUGAUGGCGGAGUGUGAAAAUCGUCAGGUGGAAAAUGACGCUGUUUUUGACGAUACUAGGGAAAAUACACCAUCGACUUCGGCUGAAACUGAAAGUAAAGACGAUAUCGACAUUGAACGAUUGCGCCGUCUGCAACGUAAUGUCCAUGAGAAUAAACGAAAGCAAAAGUACUACUCUAGUCUGUUGGAGGCUUGUGAGCGAAAGUUAUCUGAAGAAGACUCAUCUUGCACGAAAGGAUUAACAUCCGAAAACCAGCAACCUGCAGAUUAUACUCCUGUUUACGUGCCAACUUUAGCUGAUCAAGUCAAAGCUGCUUUGAAAAUACAGGCAUGGUACCGAGGUUGCGUCGUACGCUCAAAUCUCCGUGAGCAUUUGCACAGAAGGCGCUCAUUCAUGAGGGCUUAUCUGGGGAACAUUGCCGCAGAGGAGCCAAGCGAUGUCGUUAACAACAUGGAGCUCGACGCUUUGCCCGUGCAUGCAAAAAUUCACGAUGCGAUAGAGAUGUUGUUUCAUUCGAAAAUGUACAUAUCGAAAGUUGGAGCCUUCAUAAUGAAUCGUUUAUCGGCGCUUUCUCCGCAUCUGUGCGCUUAUUUGGCAGUAGAUGCUCAAGGUUUAGUGGCGUUGCUUGAUAUUUUUGGACAAAAGACUACUGGUCGCGGUCCUGGUACGGCUGAGAUUCUGACAAUCCUUGCAGAUGUAUUUUUGAGGAUAAUAGAGUGUCAACAUCCAGCGGUUGUGGCAGAAGUGGAUGCACAAUUGGAAGACUGCGUCAGAACUGCGCUUCACAUCUUUCAUGCGUUUCAUACCUAUCCACAAAUAGUUUUUGUCUUCGGAAAAGCGAUUUUGGCAUUACAUCGCCGACCUGAGGCCAACCAAUUUUUCAACAAUGCACCUUUUUACCUUAAUUAUGCCAAAAGAAGAUUCGCUCGUUUCCCAAUAAACGAUCCACGCAAAGUUAUUCUAGAGGAAAUGAUCGCCAAAAUGUUACCAUCAUAA